AUGUGCAGGUUGAGGAUCAAGGGCCGUUUCUUCAACUUUAGCAUAAUCAACGUGCACAGCAUUUACUCCGGAAGCACUGAUGAUGACAUGGACGCAUUUUACGUGCAGCUCGAACGUGAGUACGACUGUUGCCCAAGCCACAAUGUCAAGAUCAUCAUAGGAGAUCUAAACGCUCAGGUAGGCCAGAAGGAGGAGUUCAGACCGACGAUUCGAAAGUUCAGCGCCCACCAGCUGACAAACGAAAACAGCUUACGACUCAUCGAAUUUGUCGUCUCCAAGAACAUGACCAUUCGUAGCACCUUCUUCCAACAUAGCCUCCCUUAUCGUUAUACCUGGAGAUCAUCACAGCAGACGGAAUCACAAAUCGACCUCGACGUUCUGAUUGAUGGAAGGCACUUCUCCGACACUAUCGACGUCAGGACCUAUUGUGGCGCUAACGUCGACUCUGACCACUAUCUGGUAAUGGUGAAACUGCGAUCAAAACUCUCCGUCAUCAACAAUGCACGGUACCAACAGCCGCCACGGUACAACAUAGAGCGAUUGAAGCAACCGGAUGUCGCCUCAGCAUCCGCGCAGAAUUUCAAGGCAGCGUUGCCAGACGAGGGCGAGCUCGAUGUGGCUCCCCUAGAUGACUGCUGGAGUACAGUAAAAGCAGCCAUAAACAACGCAGCCGAGUGCACCGUCGGGUACGUGGAACGGAGUCGACGAAUGGUUCGACGAAGAGUGGAGAGUGAUUUUAACGUGGAACGAUACAAACAGAAGCGGAAACAGCAGACCCGUAUCUUUCGGGAGAAAAAACGCCACCUGGAAGAAGCGGAGUGCGAGGAAAUGGAACUGCUGUACUGCUCUCAAGAAACACGGAAAUUCUCCCGCAACGGCCCAAUGCCGCGAGCCGAAAUGUGCAGGGAUCAGGACGGGAGCCUCUUAACGGAUGGACGUGAGGUGAUUAAAAGGUGGAAGCAGCACUUCGAUGAGCACCUGAACGGCGCGGAGAACGUAGGCAUGAAGGUUCAAGAUGACGGGAGAAACGACUACGUCAGUGCAGCAAAAGACGGAAAUGAUCGAGCUCCCACAUUGAGGGAAGUUAAGCAUGCCAUGCACCAGCUCAGAACCAACAAAGCAGCUGGUAAGGAUGGCAUCGCAACUGAACUCAUCGAGAUGGGCCCAGAAAAGUUGGCCACGUGUUUGCACCGAUUAAUAGUCAGGAUCUGGGAAACCGAACAGCUACCGGAGGUGGGGAAGGAAGAGGGUCAAUUUGUGUGCUUUGCGGAUGACAUGGACAUUAUCGCGAGAAACUUUGGAAUGGUGGAAGAGUUGUACACACGCCUGAAACGCGAAGCAGCAAAGGUUGGACUGGUGGUGAAUGCGUCGAAAACAAAGUACAUGCUAGUAGGCGGAACCGAGCACGAUUCGUCUAGGAAGUAA